AUGUUGAAUGAAUUCAGAAAUAGAAUGGAGGUGAAGGAGACGAAGAACUGUAGGUCAGGACCGGCCCUAAUCAUAAGUUGGGCCGUCUCUGGAGAUUUGGACACAAUAUUGGAAAUCUAUGGCUUCGUCGCUGGAAAACAACAUAGGGAAAUUUCAAACAUCCCUCAUGAAGGGAAGUAUGCUAUGAUAUCCCUGAGGAACCGUUGGGAUAAGGGGAAGUAUGCUAUGAUAUCCCUAUGUGAAUGUGAGGCGCAUAAUGUCGGUAAACCUAAGACUUCGAUGUUGAUUUUUCGAGCUUAUAAAGUCGUUCUUGAGGAUACUCCGCCAAGUGCUCGACAAAAUGUGUCAACCAAUCUAACCACGUCACACCAAGGCCCUUUAACUUUGGCGUUCAUCUUUCGUUCUGUCGCAACAUUGCCAUUAUUUCGACUUCCCAAUAUUAACAUUGACUCCAUGAGAGGUCUGACUUGGUCCAUUCCAUCAUAUGACCCGACUCUUAUCUCCAAGCAACAACUCUUUGCAAGGAUUGUUGGUGGACUUGGUGGUAGAGCUGCUGAAGAAGUCAUCUUUGGUGAGCCCGAAGUGACUACUGGCGCCGUUGGUAACUUGAAACAGAUCACCGGUUUGGCCAAGCAGUGGUUGAUGGAUUCAUCGGCUCAAAGUGAUGUCAUCAUGAGUAUGAUGGCAAGAAACUCCAUGUCCGAGAGGCUUCCAGAUGCAUGA